UUCAAAGAACAGAUUUACUGAAAUUCCUCCUGAUGUCUGGCUGUUUGCACCACUGGAAACUUUAAAUCUAUAUCACAACUGCAUCAAAUCCAUUCCAGAAUCUAUUAAAAACCUACAAAUGCUUACCUAUCUUAACAUUAGUCGAAAUCUUUUAUCAACAUUGCCAAAAUACCUGUUUGAUCUUCCACUUAAAGUUCUGGUUGUCAGUAAUAAUAAGCUGGUCUCCAUUCCAGAAGAAAUUGGAAAGUUGAGAGAUCUAAUGGAGUUGGAUAUUAGCUGCAAUGAACUUCAGGUUCUUCCCCAGCAGAUAGGAAAAUUGCAGUCACUUAGAGAAUUAAACAUAAGAAGAAAUAAUCUCCAUAUGUUGCCAGAUGAAUUAGGAGACCUUCCCUUGGUAAAGCUGGAUUUUUCUUGUAAUAAAAUUACAGAAAUUCCAAUUUGUUACAGAAAGUUACGUCACUUACAAGUUAUACUUUUGGAUAACAAUCCAAUGCAGAUACCACCAGCACAGAUAUGUUUAAAGGGUAAAGUACAUAUAUUUAAAUUCCUCAGCAUUCAGGCGUGCCUCAGAAUAGAUAAAAAACCAGAUUCUUUGGAUCUUCCGUCAUUAGGUAAACGAAUCCCCUCCCAACCACUCACAGAUAGCAUGGAGGACUUUUAUCCCAAUAAAAAUCAUGGACCAGACUCUGGCAUUGGAAGUGAUAAUGGGGAUAAAAGGUUGUCAACAACAGAACCAUCUGAUGAUGAUACAAUCAGCCUUCACUCCCAGGUAUCAGAAUCAACAAGGGAACAGACAUUAAGGAAUGACAGUCAUGUAAUGGGAAGUAAACUCGAUCCACAGAAAGACCAGGAGGUGUAUGAUUACAUUGAUCCGAAUGCAGAAGAGGGAGCUGUUCCUGAGCAAGGAGAUCUACAGACUGGACCAUUGCUGUCUUAUAUCAAGGAACGGGGAAAACAUCCUGACAAAUCCCAGAAAGUGGAACAGAAUGAGGACUGGAGAGAUGAAAAAAGACUUCAGAAAGAACAGCUUCUGGCUGAAGAUGAUGAUGAACUCAAAGAAGUGACUGACUUGAGAAAAAUAGCAGCUCAGUUACUGCAGCAAGAACAAAAACACAGGCUUCUUAAUCAUUCAGUUUCAGUAAGCACGAGGAACAGGCCAAAGCAGCCCAUGGAAUCUGAAAAAUGCGUCUCAGCAGAUGAAGUGAAUUCCCCAGUUUCUCCAUACAGCUGGCAGCCACUGGAAAACCAGAAGGAUUCAAUGGAUGAGCAGCAUUGGCCAGAAACACAGCCAGUGAUUUGGCAGAAUGAAGAAAGGAGGAGAAGUAAACAAAUUAGAAAAGAGUAUUUCAAGUAUAAGUCUUCCAGAAAGAGUUCAAGUGGAAAUGAAAAUGAUGAGCAAGACAGUGAUAAUACUAAUGUGUCUCCACAGUCUCCUGUGUCGUCUGAGGAUUAUGAAAGGACAGAUAGUAACAUUCAUGGUCCAUUUGGGCUCAAACCAAGGUCAGCUUUCAGCCGUGCAUCUCGCCAGGACUAUGGUGCAGUGGAUCCUGGAUUUACAAUGAGGAGGAAAAUGGAACACUUAAGGGAAGAAAGGGAACAAAUAAGACAGCUUCGCAAUAAUCUUGAAUCAAGGUUAAAAGUAAUUUUGCCAGAUGACAUUGGAGCAGCAUUGAUGGAUGGAGUAGUUCUUUGCCAUUUAGCCAAUCACAUAAGGCCACGUUCUGUUGCCAGCAUUCACGUACCAUCGCCAGCAGUGCCUAAACUCAGUAUGGCAAAGUGCCGAAGAAAUGUUGAAAACUUUCUUGAUGCUUGUAAAAAAUUGGGCGUUCCACAGGAGAGACUUUGCUUGCCUCACCACAUUCUGGAGGAAAGGGGUCUGGUGAAGGUUGGCCUCACAGUUCAAGCUCUGCUUGAAUUGCCAGCGUUGAAAGUAUCUCAGCUUUCCUCCAUGUGACAUGACUUCUUGGAAGCUAGACAACUUACCAUUCGAUCUGUUGAUUCGGAUUGCUCUGAGGCAGUUCAGCUUCCUACGUAGGAACAUCCAAGCCAUCAAAAACUAGUAUCUGUCCAGAUGCUGUAGAGAGCCUUACUUUGGAGAUGUACGUGAAAACCUUGGAGUCAGCUGCCAGUUAAAAGACCAUAAUUAUUCUUUUUUUCCUUUUGUAAUUGGAUGAACAAAGAGAUUGUGGUAGCAUCAGGUUCUCUUUCCAGUUAAUUUAAGUUAAAAGCUGCCAUUUAACAUCUCACAGUGUUACAGUUAAAUGCUGGAUUUCCUUUCCUACAUUGAAAAUAUUGUUUGAAUUAUUUUAGAAUUACAAAGCACGCCCCCCCCCAAUUUAAUCUUUCAAGUCAAUCAUUUGAUUUAAAGGUAGGACAAAAAUGUAGCAAUGGUAUGAUGGUAAAAAUGCGAGCGACUGAUCACUUGUAAUCCACUUUCACUCUCAGAAAGCUUAAUAUUUGCAUUCUUUAUUUUUUGCACUCCUGAUUGUAACUUAUACCCUUCUAACAUUGCCAGUAUUUAGUCUGAGUGUACGGUGAUUACACAAAAAAAGUAUACAAUGGGAAAAGGACACAUUUUAUUGAGUUUUUUUCCAGUCUUCUAGGUUGGUGCCAAAUAUUUUUUUCAGUUGUACUGUAGAUUGUUUACAUGUGAAGUGCCUGUGUAAUUGAUAACUCUUAAUAGUCUUAAACAUUUUUGAAAUUUCUUUGUUUAAAAUAGAUAAAAUGGAAAUUUUUAAAUAUUUUAAUAUUUUUUUGUAAAAUCAGUACGUGAAGAUUUAAGUAAUACUUCACAUUUUUGAUGUUGGGUGUUUUAAGUUUGCACAAUUUAAUUGGUUUUGUUGUCUAAUAAUUAGAAAAUACUGUAAAUACUUUUUAUUUAUGAUAUUUAAUUUGAUAAUACCUAAUCAUUUUUUGUUUAAUGUAUUGUUGGACAAAAAAGUUGUCUAUGUUUCUUUGGGACAAACAAAUAUAUACGGUGAGUAAGACACAAGGACUAGUGAUGCAUUACAGAGUAAUUUACGACAUUUUGAUAAAACUGCCAAAAUCUCAGGUUUAUGCUGUGACUUUCAGGAUUUUGUGUAAUAUUGCUCCUGAUCUCACAUUACAUUUUUACAACAGGUAUAUCCGUAAUUUAGUUAAGAAAUACCAGUGUUUAUCUUUUCAGUGUUUACAGGAUUUAUUGUGUAACUUACACAAGUGUGGCAUAGCACACAAAUCAGUUUGUACAAAUGUCACUGUGCUGAGACAUCAGACUUUUCUGGGUAAAUGUGAAAACAGAAAAUUUCCACUGUGGUGGUUUUUUGAAACUUCUGAGUUUUAUGUAUUUGCUUCUGCACAAAAUCUCGGUGUUUUGAGAAAUUCUGAAACCAUACACAGUUGAGUAGAGUUCUUCUCCAAACAAGUUGCCAAUAAUUUCAUAAUUUUAGUAAUAAAUAUGUUUGUAUUGGUUCAUUCUUCAUCAAUAGAUAUCUCAAUUAAAAAAAAAAAGUUCUGACUGUCACAGAUUUUCUGUUUCAGGCUAAGUUAAUUUCAGUGAGGGAUAUGUUUGCCAAGUGUGUAACAAGAUUUGAUUCUGUUCUUUCCAAUUGAUCAAGACCCCAUGUAAUAUAAUUCAGAAAAGAAUGAAGGAGGUGUAUCGUUUACUUGUUACUUCAUUUACUGUGGUCCUUAAAAUCAAUAGCUGAGACAAAAAUAACCUUUUUCUGAUUACAAGAUUCUUUUAUUAAAAGAUGCAUUAUUUGUAAAUCCAUCAAAACAAGCUGAUCCAUGUGUAAUGUUUAAAACCCACUAUUAUUUAUAUAGUGUUUUCUUAAAAUACAGCUCAUGGAGAGACUGGUGGAAGACUUAAUUUGCAAAGUCCUAGAUAUAAAUCUUAGGUUACAUAAAUAUUUGUUUAAGGAAACUGGAUUGCUUUGACCUUUGAAACAUGGUAUUGCAAAUCUCUCUAAUUGUUUUUUAAAUCAUUCACAUAAUACUUGUUUUAAUAGCUUUAAUAACUAUUUUUCAUUAAAGGCAGUAUCUGAAAAGUCAUGCUAAGACUAAAAAGUAGUAAUAUAAUUCAUUAAGCAAAAUGCUUAUUGUUUGCUACAUUUGAAGAGCACAAUCAUUCAAAAAGAAUAAGUCAUUGUCUUUCAAUUCCUCGCUAUGGUAUUUGACAACAAUAAAAAAGUUCUAUUUCAGUAUAUUAGCCAUAGAAUUGCUAACUGUAAAUUGUCACUUUGUUAUCUGGCUUAAACUGAUCUACACUACUA